UUGUGGGUCCUAACAUUUUUUUGCCGGGAGAUCAAGCAAAGCUUUGUUUAUGCAAACAUGGCCACUUUCCAACGAUCCCCAAUAACUUCUUCCAAUUCCACUAUGUUUUUAUGACAAUUUGUUUCUUCAUCUCAUGCCUAAUAUUCCUCCUUUGAACAAUUCCCACAACCCAGAGGAGGUCAAGCAACAAUAAUCAAGUUACAUUUCGUUCAAGAUUAACGCACAUAAACACAACACACGCCUUCUUUUUGGUUAAUCCGCCAUGUUUUCCAAAUUCUUUCAUAAACCCGUCGAUCAACAAUCUCCAUCGUCCUCAGCUCCUUCUCCGAAUGCAAAGAAGGGAGUAUUAACUGGAACUGAUUUGGACCCACGUGUCACUCUUCACUAUGGGAUCCCGCCUACUGCAUCAAUUCUUGCUUAUGACCCCAUGCAAAGUCUUUUAGCUGUAGGAACACUGGAUGGUAGAAUAAAAGUUCUUGGUGGUGACAACAUUGAAGCUAUUUUCACUUGUCCUAAAUCAUUGCCAUUCAAAAAUUUGGAGUUCUUACACAACCAAGGUUUUCUAGUAAGCAUAUCAAACGAUAAUGAAAUCCAGGUUUGGGAUCUGGAGCAUAGGCAGUUAGUUUCUACUUUACAAUGGGAGUCCAAUAUAACUGCAUUCUCUGUACUUUUUGGCACCUGCUACAUGUAUGUAGGAAGUGAAUAUGCUAUGGUGGCUGUCUUAAAGUUUGAUGCUGAAGAAAGAAAAAUCAAACAAUUACCCUACUAUCUUACUGCAAAUGUCAUAUCUGAUGUAAUUGGGGUGGAACUGCCUGAUCAAACUUCAGUUGUUGGUGUUCUCCUCCAACCUUGUUCUCUUGGAAAUAGAUUGCUGAUUGCUUAUGAAAAUGGCUUGCUUGUUCUCUGGGAUGCUUCUGAAGAUCGAGCUGUAAUAGUUAGAGGUCACAAGGACCUUGAAUUGACGGAAGGUAACAUGACUAAUCCCUCAACAGAUGUAACAGACCUUGAAUUGGAGAAAGAAAUAAGCUCUCUCUGUUGGGUAGCUGGUGAUGGGUCAAUCCUAGCUGUUGGUUAUGUUGAUGGAGAUAUCUUAUUUUGGAACUUUUCAAAUGUUACCUCUUCCAAAGAUCAGCAAGUUAAUCAAUCUCGUAAUAAUGUUGUCAAGCUUCAGUUAUCAUCAAGCAAUAGAAGACUACCUGUGAUCAUUUUACGUUGGUGUCCAAGUGAGUUGCAAAAUCACAAGGGAACGCUUUUUGUAUAUGGUGGUGAUGAAAUUGGAUCCCCAGAAGUGCUUACGAUUCUGAGCCUUGAUUGGUCUUCUGGACUAAAAAGCUUGAAAUGCAUUGGACGCCUUGACCUUACACUUAGUGGUUCUUUCGCGGAUAUUGUUUUAGCACCUAACGUUGGUGAAACAAAAAGAGGCAUUUCUCUAUUUGUACUGGCAAAUCCUGGACAGUUGCAUGUUUAUGAUUAUGCUUACUUGUCUGGCUUAAUGUCUCAACAAGAGAAAUUAUCUUCUGCUUCUGGCGUGCAAUAUCCUACAAUGAUACCCAAUAUUGAACCACGCGUGAUGGUUGCAAAGUUGGGUUUCAUUCAUAGAGAGGGAAAGGUCUUUGGGGCUCUGGAUGCGAUUGUCACUACUGCCAAACAUCAUACUAAGGUUCCAGGGGAUACAACGUGGCCUUUGACUGGUGGUAUACCAUGUCAACUCCGUGAUGCUGGAGAUUAUCAGGUUGAGAGAGUUUUUAUAGCUGGUUACCAAGAUGGUUCAGUCCGAAUAUGGGAUGCAACAUAUCCAUCCUUCUCACCUAUUCUCUAUUUAGAGCCUGAGGUAAUAGGCUUAAAUAUUGCUGGCUUAAGUGCAUCGAUAUCAGCUUUGGACUUUUGCUCGGUCACUCUUAACAUUGCUGUGGGCAAUGAAUGUGGUCUGGUUCGUCUUUACAAACUAGUUGGGAGCUCGGAAGGGGCAAGCUUACACUAUGUGACAGAGACUAAGAAUGAAGUUCAUAAUAUGCAUAGAGGAGAAGGAAUCCAAUGUGUGGCUGUGUUUUCUCUCGUAAAUUCUUCUGUUAGCACUCUAAGUUUUGAGAACUGUGGAGCCAUACUUGCUGUUGGAUUUGAAUCUGGACAGGUUGCAGUGAUUGAUUCUAACACAUUGUCACUGCUAUAUCUGACAAAUGAAUUGUCCAACUCAAGAUCUCCGGUCAUAUCUCUGGCUAUCAAAGUAUUUAGAGAGACAAAUCACUUGGAGGCUAGUUCUGAGGAGUCUAUACCUAAAAUUUCCAAUCCUCCCAGAAAGGGAAUGCUGCUCGUAAUGACCAAGAAAUCAGAUUUAGCUGUCCUUGAUAGUACUAACGGUGAACUCAUCAGCUUCCAAUCAACAAAUGCAAAGGAGUUGACUUCAAUAUCCAUGUAUCUUAUUGAUGGUGAUUACUUAUUACCUGAAGCAUUCAGUGGAACUCAUGCACCCAGCACUCCAAAAAUCAGUGGAGAAAGCUGUUCUUUACCUGACAAUGCCCACUCUGGACGUACAUUGCAUGAAGUUGGAGCUGAGACCUCAAGUGGAGUUGUGAAUGCUGAGUUAACAGUUGCUAACUUGUUCAUUUUGCUUUGCUGUGAGACUGCAUUAUAUCUGUACCCCUUGAAGCUUACGAAUGAGGGUGAGAAUAAAUUUAUACAGAAAGUGAAUCUUACAAGACCAUGCUGUUGGACUACACUGUUAAAGAAGGACGGUAAAGUCUCUGGCUUGGCAGUUCUUUACCAGAAUGGUAUGAUUGAGAUCAGAUCCUUCCAAAAUCUUGAGGAGCUUCUGUGGGAAAGUUCCUUGGCAUCAAUUCUACGGUGGAACUUCAAGACUAACAUGGACAAAACAAUCUGUUCUGAUGAUGGGCAACUCAUGCUGUUAAAUGGGACUGAGUUUGCGGUUGUGUCUCUAUUGAUCUACGAAAACGCUUUCAGGAUUCCCGAGUCUUUGUCUUGCCUCCACGAUAAAGUCCUUGCAGCUGCCGCAGAGGUCUGGGACAACUUUUAUUCAAGCCAGAACAAUCAUAAUGCUACUUCUUCAGGGAUUUUUGAUAGUGUCGUCAAGGGAUUCAAGGGUGGUAAAGUGGGAAACGAUGUGGAUCGUUUUGGUCUUUGUAAACUGAAUGAUGCACAUCUGGAAAGUUUGUACUCAUAUCCUCCAUUUUUAAAGCCCUCCAAAGGGGUGAUUGAUGGGCAAGGCGUAGUCGAGCUUGAUAUAGAUGAUAUUAAUAUUGAUGAACCCUUAGUUGUGCGGUUUUCACCUAAGGCAAGCAAGAAUGAAAACGAAGGCAAGAGAUCAGAGAAGGAAAAGUUAUUUGAAGGUGCUAGUACUGACUCACAACCUAAGAUGAGGACAGCCGAAGAAAUCAAGGCCAAGUACAGAAAAGUUGGGAGUGCUUCAGCGGCAGCUGAAGAAGCCAGGAAUAAGCUAUUAGAACGGCAGCAAAAGCUUGAUAAACUCAGCGAACGAACUGAAGAACUGAAGAAUGGAGCUGAAAACUUUGCAGAUAUGGCCAAAGAACUGGCCAAGAGAAUGGAAAAUCGUAAAUGGUGGCAACUGUGAGAUAAUAGGGAUUUGGGACUUAGCUUGGUCCAUUCUCAGGAAUGACAACUCUAAAUCUGUGGAAAAGGGUUCCACUAAAGUUACACAUCGAACUUCUUCUUUCUCAAUAUAUUUUUUUUCUUUCCUUUGUGAUUGAAGGGAUGCAUGGAGAUGGGUGCAGCUCCAAUAUUAACAAGGGUCAUGAGGAUUUUUUUUUUUCUUUGGAACAUAUAGAAGCAUUGUCAUUCAUUUGUGGGGGUAAACAAACAUUUUGAAUUAUAGGAUGGAAAAAAGAAAAGAAAAGAAAAGGAUAAGAAAGGUAGGGUUGUUCCCCUUCCAGUUGGAUAUGUAAAUAAUUAUCUUUGAGUUUGUAUGAAACCAAAUCUGUAUUAUACUUUUGAGUAUUAAUGAAAAUAUACAUUUUAUUUUUACUUAA